AUGCCAAGGCUCCCCCCUGUCCUGCAGCUGCUCCAAGCUCCUGUGAAGUAUACAGUGGUUCCCAAAGCGCUUAUCUCUGCCAAGCCAGCCCAAACCCCCACUUCGGCUAUGGAGCAGGUUGUGGGGAUCGUGGUCAUAUUCACUGGCUUCAUGGUUCCUGCAGGAUGGGUCUUAUCCCACUUGGAGAGCUAUAAAAAAAGCUCCACAGCAUAA